UUUGCCUUAUUUAUUUAAGAAGACUAAUUUCUCCUUGAUUACUAACUUCCAUGCAAUCAUACUCCACCGAAAAUAAUGAAACUUUGUUUUCUACCCCUUGGCCCCUCUCAUGCAAACCAAACGUACACAUAAAACCAAAACUCACUUCCCCACUUCAAAACAAAAAUUACACACAACAUUUUACUACUAUAAUAAAACCUUUCCAACACUUAAUUCAAACAAACAAAAACAUCAAUGGCCUCUCUUUUAUUUUCUUUACUCCUUUGCCUCUCCUUCCUCAUCAUCUCACCUUCAUCUUCAUCCACUAUAACUCUAACUCUAUCUCCAAAUCCUAAAUCAAAAUCUUCAUCUAAUCCAUGGGAGUUUAGUUCAAAUCUUGUUAAAACUACCAUUGAUAGAGUUCAUCAUCUCAAACACCCUAAGAAAAAUAUAUCCUCUAGUACUACUUUUCAUGGAACUUCGAGCACUCCUCUCUAUGCUCGUAGCUAUGGAGGCUACACCGUUUCGCUCUCUUUCGGUACGCCGCCGCAGGAAAUCCCCCUUGUUUUCGACACCGGAAGUAGCCUCCUUUGGGUGCCUUGCACCUCCCGGUACGCUUGCUCCAAUUGCACAUUCUCUAACGUAGACGCCUCUAAUAUCACGACUUUCAAACCAAAGUUGUCCUCUUCUACUCAUGUCAUAGGAUGCCAUAACCCCAAAUGUGGUUAUGUCUUUGGAGACGAUGAUAUGACAACCCGAUGUGGCUCGAAAUGUGGAUCUAAUUGCCCAUGCCCGAGCUACCUCCUCCAGUACGGGCUAGGAGCUACGGCGGGGGUCGCAAUAUCCGAGACCCUAAACUUGCCUGGAGGGGUAGUUCGGGACUUCUUGUUAGGGUGUUCUCUGUUGUCUAUUCGACAACCUCAGGGGAUCGCCGGAUUUGGGCGAUCCCCUACUUCGCUCCCAAGCCAAUUACGGCUUGGGAAAUUCUCAUAUUGCCUACUCCCUCAUAAAUUUGAUGACAUACCAAAACAUAGUAAGCUUAUCCUUGUAGGCGCAGGGGAAAAAAGAUUCCCCAUCGCCUACAAGAGUCCUAAGGAUGUACUUAAGUACACCCCUUUUUAUAAAAAUCCAACUCGUGCACCAUACAAUGAGUAUUACUAUGUACAUUUAACAAAAAUUACCGUUGGUAAAAAACACGUGAAGUUACCACAUAAGUAUCUAGUCCCCGGACUAAAAGGGGAUGGGGGUACUAUUAUAGACUCUGGUACAACCCUUACUUUUAUGGAGCGGCCAUUGUAUGAGCCGCUCCUAAAAGAGAUGGUAGAGCAAAUCACCCAUUACAAGCGGGCCAAUGAUGUAGAGGCCCUGUCGGGCUUCGGGCUUUGCUAUGACAUUAAGGAUGCACGAAAUGUUUCGUUCCCAAAACUCGUGUUUCACUACAAAGGUGGGGCAAAGAUGCUAAUGCCAUUGGAUAAUUACUUCUCGUUAAUAAGUGAUUUGGGUGUGUGGUGCUUAACCAUUGUUACGGAUACUAGCCCGGGUGCACCCAGUGGGCCGGUCGGGCCGGGUAUAAUAUUGGGUAAUUACCAACAACAGAAUUUUUACAUGGAGUAUGAUUUGGAAAAUCAAAGGUUGGGUAUCAAGAAGCAUAAGUGUGCAUAGAAAAAUAGGUAGUCAUUUUUAUUUUAUUCAACUUCUUUUUUUUUUUUUGUACUCUAUUGUUUCUUUUAAUGGUUAUGUAAAUAAAGGAGGCGUCAAGCUAAGAGUAUUUUUCAUAAUCAUAGAGCAUUGAAUUUUUCAAGCUGGUUCAAUCUAAUAAGUUCUUAUGAUUUUGUCUA